CGCUGCCAAUCAUGCGUCCUUCUUUUAGUUUCCCGUCCUUGAUUUGUGUUGCUGUCCUGCCGAUCCUGGCUGGAGCGAUCGCCCCUUCGUCAUGGCAGAUCGAGGGGCGCUCUCCCCCUUCCAAGAUAACGGCUGCGGAGAUCAUAGAGCAGCUGGGACCACAGCUCUCUGCUGCUUCCACCAUCUUUGGACAGGACGAUGAUCGGUGGGAGAACGCUACAGAGCGCUGGCAGGCGGCUUACCAGCCGUCCUUUAGUGUGGUGGUGGAGCCCGCUACGGAAGCUGACGUGCCCGUGGUCGUCAAGUACGCCAACGCCCAGGGCAUUCCUUUCCUCGCCGCCAACAGGCGCCACGGUUCCACCAAGACGCUGGGAAAGUUGAAGAAUGGCAUCGAGAUCUCGUUGUCCCAACUUACCGCAAUCGAAAUUGCCGAAGACCAGGAAUCUGCUUUCUUCGAGGGCGGCGUCUGGGAUGGCCAAGUCGUCGAUGCGCUCUGGGAGCAGGGUUUCGUCACGGGCACCGGAAGCUGCGCCUGCGUUAGCCUCAUGGGCCCCGGACUCGGCGGUGGCCACGGCCGCUACCAGGGCUUCUACGGGCUGAUUAUCGACAUGCUGAUCUCCAUGAACGUCGUCCUCGCCGACGGGUCUACCAUCACCGUGAACGAAACCUCGCAUCCCGACCUCUGGUGGGCGAUGCGCGGGGCCGGACACAAUUUUGGCAUCGUGACCAGCUUCCAGGCCGGCAUCCACAGGCGCACCGUGGACGAGUGGUAUAUCAAGGAAUACGUCUACACCCAAGACAAGCUCGAGUCACUCUUCGCCGUGCUCAACGAGCAGCAAGAAGAUGGGGGCCAGCCCAAGGAGCUGAUGAACUUGGCCCUCUUCACCUGGGACGCGCGAUGGCCCGAGGAACCCGUCAUCCAGGUCUUGACCCACUAUGUUGGCACAGCCGAGGAGGCCGCACCGUUCCUGAGCGCAUUCGACGACGUCGGCCCCCUCCACAGCGAGGCCCAGUCUCUUAGCUAUCCCGCCGUGCUCGAUGCGACCGGCACGGGCCUGAACAGUCCCAUGUGCCAGGACGGCCACACCAACAUGCAGUUCCCCUUCGGGCUCCUCAAACACAACAUCACGGCCACCCGCCAGAUCUACGACUACUACUCGAGCGUCACCACCGCACAACCCCUGUUCAACCAAUCCAUCGUCGUGUUCGAGGCAUACUCGCUCCAGGGCGUGCAGGCCGUCGACCCGGACUCCAGCGCCUUUCCCCAUCGGGACGAUAAUCUUCUGAACGACGUUUUGGUCACGUACGACCCGGACAGCUCCCUCGACGACGAGGCCGUCCGCAUCGGGAAGCAGAUCACCGAGUUCUGGGCCCAGGGCCAGCCCGACCGGGAGCGGCACAUAUACGUCAACUAUGCUUUUGGCGAUGAGCCCCUGGAGCAGAUGUAUGGAUCGGAGCCGUGGCGGCUGGAGAGGCUCCGUGCCGCCAAGGCCAAGUAUGACCCGGACAAUGUGUUCCGGUUUUACAACCCCAUCAUCCGCAACUGAUGGCCAGGUUGUUGAUUUAUCCGCUGGGCGACGAUUAAAGUUUUGGGGUUGUCAGUUGUCGUGAGCUGGCUUGAUGGACAUUCUCCUGGUUGUCUCCUCCUCGGAGACGA